AUGGCCAAAGAGCGUCCUAAAGAAAGCAGCUGCAGCGCAUUAGCGAGAAUUCUCAGAGACUUCUGCAGUUGCUCGGAAAACGCAGCAUGGUCACCCGACAUGACGUCAGACAGAAAAGGCCCAUUCCUAAAAAGCGAGCUAACAAACAUGUCCGCUAUGCGCAGACGCAUCAUGACUAUUGCAAGGCGCAAAAAACACGUCGGAGAACAACCGAAGAGCGAGAAGAAAUCGGAAACACUAACAUCGAACUUAAUAAACACAGUUAGCUCACAAAACAGCACAAUGCGUAGAAACAUCGACAAUUUUCUUAUAUCCCGACGCAUGGUCGCGUUAGACGAGGAUAUAUAUGAGAAACCAAUAGCGAGCUAUUCCUCGUAUGGAGAGAAUUGGUCAUUAAGCAAGUCGUGGAAGGGCAACAAUGCUGAAUACUUCAAUCGUACACUGAAUGAUAGAACUCUGGAACCAAUCGACGAAGUACCGAAACGAAAGAAGCGGAAUCGGAAAAUGAAAGAACAGCUACGCUACGACAGGAAUAUCAAGCGUCAUAUUCGGAUACGUGUUAUGCUGUCUUUGAGAAUGCGUCGGUAUGUGAGGAGGAGGUACCGGAAUGCGAUACAGAAUGUCCCAGUACCACCAAGGAAGUUUCCGCGGGGCGCAUCUGUUACAUCCAGUUUUGGGACACGGUCGUAUCGAAGUGUUAUGACGGAUAAAACCAAUGAUGGGACGGUACUCUUUGAUAUUCACGAGGCUAGGAAUACAACGAUGGAGCUCUGCCAUAGUUAUGAUGAGGACCUCGACACGUUGGAUAUUGCGUUACGCGCCGGAAAUUUUAGGAGCGGUAGACUAGCUGUCGAAGGUUGGUGGUGCGGGAGGGCGAUGCCUGGCGGCAGAGCCAACAAUGGAGCCCUGGCGCUCCACUACGCCGCCGCUAGGGGCUGCCUUGAUUGCGUGCGCUUGCUGGCGAAUACUACACCUGAUGUAUCGUAA